CCAAUGAGACCAUGCCAACCUGACCUACGAUGUGCAAUUACGAAAAUGCCAUUUAUAUAUAAUAUCUUGUUUUGCAGUUUACACUUCAUACAAGCCGAGCGGCUCUCACCUUCGUUCGUUUCUGCUCCAAAUUUCUCAUUCUUUUUUCUCUAUUCUCACUGCUGGAGGCUAGAUCGGCAUAACUCUUUGCAUUUGUCAUCAAAUUUGGAAGGGUUUGUGGAAAAAAGGGAGGAAAUGGAGAUAGAUUUGGGAAAAAAUGCUUUUGACAUAGAUUUCCAUCCUUCGAGGGACCUCAUCACUGCAGGACUUAUAGAUGGCAAUCUUCACCUAUACCGUUACAGCGCUAAUGUCAAACCACAAAGGUUAUUGAAAGUUCGUGCACAUACAGAGUCUUGCAGAGCUGUUAGAUUUAUCAAUGAUGGGCAAGCAAUUGUGACUUGUUCUCCGGACAAGUCAAUUCUCUCCACAGAUGUGGAGACUGGAUCAGCAAUUGCUCGUCUUGAAGACGCUCACAGUGCUGCAAUCAACAGAUUGAUAAACUUGAGUGAGGCAACCAUUGCCACGGGUGAUGAUGAAGGCUGUAUCAAGGUCUGGGAUACCAGACAGCGUACUUGCUGCAAUACUUUUGCUGCUCAUCAAGAAUAUGUUUCAGAUAUGUUUUAUGCAUCUGAUUCCAUGAAACUCUUGGGAACUAGUGGAGAUGGAACUCUGUCUGUUUGCAAUCUUCGGAGAAAUAAAGUCCAGGCUCAGUCUGAGUUUUCUGAAGAUGAAUUACUUUCCGUUGUUCUCAUGAAGAAUGGUCAGAAAGUCGUUUGCGGAUCACAAACUGGAACUUUGUUACUGUACUCUUGGGGGUGUUUCAAGGAUUGCAGUGAUCGCUUUGUUGAUCUUUCUCCAAACUCAGUUGAUGCAUUGUUGAAGCUUGACGAAGAUAGAAUCAUUACUGGAUCCGAGAAUGGACUCAUAAGCCUGGUAGGCAUAUUACCUAAUAGAAUCAUUCAACCGAUUGCGGAGCACUCAGAGUAUCCUGUGGAGCGCCUUGCCUUUUCCCACAACAGAAAGUUUCUUGGCAGCAUAGCACAUGAUGAGAUGUUGAAGCUAUGGGAUUUAGAUGAGUUAUUGCAAGAUUCUGGAAAAACUCAAACAAGUCAAGAUGCUGUGGCAGACGGUGAUAGUGAUGAGAUGGAUUUGGAAAUUAGCCAUCCAAAGAUUAACAAAGGUACGAAGAGAAAAAGUGAAAGUAAAGGAACUGAUUUGAACAGUUCAGGCAGUUUCUUUGCCGAUUUGUAGCUGGGUAGUGAUGUUGAUCUUUCACUUUCAUCUCAAUUCAGAUGCAAAACUGAUGCAAGAGUUCUUUCAUAAUCCUAUCUUGUGACCUUCAUUUGGCAUCUUGAUUGCUGAGCAGUGUUUACCAUGCCAUUUACAUCAUGGCGGUGAUCGACCUUUUAUGAGAGGAGUAUGAAGUAUUUAAUUUUGGCGUGUCUCACUCUUAUUUAAAUGUUUAUCCCCGGGAGAAAUUUAGAGGAUUGUGACAUAUUUAAGAUUGGGGUGAGGUAAACUGUUCUCUCUGUAUUAUUUUUGUAAUUUUUUGAAGACCCUGAGAGGACUUGGUAUUGUUUUUGGACGUGUCCCUCCCUUUUAUAUAGAAUGAAGUAAGCUCAAUGCUCUUUUGCUCUUCAAA